AGAGCGGCACAGUGAGGAUUGUGGGAGGUAACAUGACAGUGGCCCAGGGCCACCAGGCCAUCAUCCGGUGUGAGGCCUCUGGUUGGUUCCCUAAGCCCACAGUGAGCUGGGUGCUGGAUGGGGUUGUGGUGGACCAGAACAGCUACAACAGUAGCAGUGAGGCCCUGGACGGUCUGUAUAACUCCAUCAGCCUCCUCACUGUCCGUGGGGUCAACAGUGUCCAGGUGAAGUGCCUGGCCAGCGUAUCUGCCCUAACCACCGCACUAUCCAGCUCCAUCUACCUGGUGGUUGGUAAGAACUCUUCUGACUUUUCUGUCUGUCCAGGGCCGGCACCAGAACAAAUCAGUUGGACAGGCAUUUGAUUUCCAUAGGGGGGCACGUUUUGUUUACGGGACAAGCGCAUGCACACAUUGUUUUAAUGGGUUUUAUUGUAAAGAUGUAAUUUAACUGUAAAAAUGUAUUACGGUUUAAUGUGCAUGAACACAACCAGUCUGAUAUUUUCAUCUGAUUGUCAAACAAAUCACUUCAAAAGUAGAUUACCUUAGCACGUUUGUCCAAAAUAAUUCCAGCAUCCUAACAGUUCACCGUGCACCCGCCAACUUUCCUUAAAUUCGCAAGUGGCUGAAACUAUCUCACCGGAGAAAGCAUCCGAGCGAGCGAAACUGUCAUCUCUUUUUGGCCAGACAGCAUCAGAUACAUGGGCUACACAUAUUGAGACAGUGGGGCGCUGUUUUGCUCACUCGAAUGCUUUAUCUGAGAUUGAUCAGUCUUGCUGUUUGCGUGCUUCUCGAUCAAAUAAAUGAUCAAUAUUUACAUGUUUUAUUUGGACAGUUAAGGAGGUACAGUAGGGCGGGCCAGGCCCCCUAAGGCCUGCCCAUAAUGCCGGCCCUGUCUGGUCACUUCCAGUAGCCUGGACAGUACCUUCAACAUGGACAGGAUUUAGUGAGGCCUGCUUACAUUGUCAGAAAUGGGAACCCUUGUGGAGUCAGGAAAGUGAUUUUAUGGGUUCCUGGCCAAGUCGAGGUGCUGCCAAAAAUCACAAUUAAAAGCUGAUGAUCCUGGCUUGCCGUACAAUGUUUUGAGCAAUAAAAAGAUUAUGUCAUCUGAGAAAGGAUAAGAGCUACCUCCCUUAACAUAUGCCUUUGUCCUGUUCUGUGGGACCGUGAAUAUUUUUCCAUAACUACUUAUUACAUAAAAAAAUAAGUGAAUGAAGUUUUUGUUUAUGCAGAUGCUUACGUGAUACAAGUUGUGUAUUUCGUUCAAGGGCACCGAGGCUCCAUAUUAUAUGUAUAUGAAACACUCCCAUACAUUGCCAUUUAUAAUUUUCUGUAGUUCCGUCACACAUUUGAUUAGUUUAGUACUGUAACAACUAGUGGCAGGUUGGACUUACAAUAGAACCUGCUGACUCAAUAGGCAACUGAGUUUGAGGCUAAGAUGUCAGUCUUCACUGUGAUACUCACUAACUAUACAUACUAACUCACUAACCCUUACUUACCUAGAGAUUACUGUUUCACCAGAGCCCCCUGACUGGACUGUGCUCAUAGCUGUCGUUUGUUCCAUCGGUGGCUUCGCUUUGCUGGUGCUGCUCAUCCUUGGAAUCGUCUUCUGCUGCAAACGCAGAAAAGAAGCAAGUAAGAAGCCUUUCUUUAGCUUGUAUCAAGUACAAACCCCCUAUAGUCCAAGGAGCAGGAGUGAUGUCCAAAAUCGAGCCUCUUGCUCGGUUUCACUGAAGAAAGUAGAAAACAAGUAGACCGUUAAAAGUUGAAUGAUGGAGUCAUGACAGGUCUCACUGAGGUCCUCUAUGAGGACAAUGACAGGGUGAGAUAUAUGCAGAGGCCUUCAUCUAAAUACAGGACACACCAGUCAGCAAGUAUUGUGACUUUAGGACUGUUUGGCUCCCGCUGCCUGCCUCUCAUCUGUCCGAUGCACACAGGAUGGCACAACAAGCAACAGAUUUCAAGGAGAUGUCAACAAAGAGAUUGACUUGCAGUAAACUUUCUAAUGAGUAUGAAGGUUAAUGUAUGAUCAUUUGUGGAUAUAGAUUAUUCACUGUCUGAAAGGUUACACAUGAGGUCUAAUAUCAAAACUCUGACUAUAGGUCUAUAACACCUACCAGUAGGCCUAUGUGUCUCGGGACAAAUGUUGGAGAAUUAAUUCGGUCACACUUUAUUUGGAUAGUCCGGACUUUCCGUAGAUGCUCUACUGAUGGUCAUACUAUCAACAAACUAUCUGUUGAUAAGCAAGUGCUUGCUAAGAUUAGGGUUAGGUUUAGAAUAAGGAUUAGGGUAAGAGUUAAGGUUAGGGUUAGGGUAAGGGUUAAAUGUAGGUUUAGGAUAAGGGUUAAUGCUAGGGUUAGGGUUAGUAGAUAGGUAGUUGAAAUGUUACUGAUAGUCUGUAGAUAGCAUCUACAGAUGGACUAUCCAAAUAAAGUUUGACCUUCUACUACAUUAAUCAUGGCAUAAUUACCAUCAACAAAAGCAACACGUCUAUACCUGAUUCAUUAUUAUUUUCUCUCUGUGGUUCAUUUCAGAAUCCAGCUACCAGAAGGAAAUGGGGUAAGAGAAUUCUGCUACCAUUUUGUCCCCAAUGACCAGAUCAGUUACCUUGAUCAUUAUAUGAGGUUUAUAGUGUGAUUGUUGCAGUGAAGUGUUUAAUGUUUUCCAGGAGAACGAGGUCCCAGAUCCAGAGGAGUGGUGGUGCAGUGGAACAGAGACAGGGCAAGGAUAACCCUGCAUACGUGAUAGACGGCCAAACAAGUAGGAGCUUUCAUUUCUGUGUUUACACACACAAACGCACACACACGCGCGCAUAGGCACUUAGUCCCUACACACAGAUUCUAAUGACAUUGUCGAUUAACAGAACACAUUUUUAAUGUUAACAAACUGCUUAAGUUAUGUCAUGUUAUGUUUAUAUAAGCCUCUUGCUGUCACAUGUUCACAGCCAUGCUGUCACACGUGUACACAUUCCUUUAUCCCUGGAAACACUCCAAUGGAAAAAUACUGAGACGUCUCUUUCUUACUGCAGGUGUUACCCACAGUGAAUUCAACGACAGUGGUUACAUCCAGACUAACUAUACAAAAUAUUUAGAGGUACGUAAUAAUACAUUGACACAUGAGGUGGCCUUUAGAUUUAGAUGUGGAUUUAUUAAUUUGUUCAGAUGCCAAUUUAUUGUGUAUGAUUUAUUUACAGUGUAAUUGAUUCAUUUUCAUUAGAGUAAUGAGUCUGGUAAGAAGUACCUCCAUAAAACUUAACAAAUGUGAAAUUGAAGUCCACUAUAAUAAGUCUUAACCUAAGAAUUUCAGGGUGAUUGCAUUUUCAGCUGAAGAUUAUUACUUAGUCAUUUUACAUUUUAGUCAUUUAGCAGACACUCUUAUCCAGAGCGAUUUACAGUAGUGAGUGCAUAUGUACUUUUUCGUACUGGUCCCCGUGGGACUCGAACCCACAACCCUGAGAGAGAGAGAGUGUCACGAUCGUCGGGAACAGAGGACCAAGGCGCAGCGUUGCAGGCAAACAUACUCUUUAAUUAGAGACACGAUCAAAACAACAAACGAUACGUGACAGUUCACCGUCUAACAUAAACAGACUUGAAACAAGAUCCCACAAACACAAAUGGGAAACAGACAGUUUAAAUAUGGCUCCCAAUCAGAGACAACCAACGACAGCUGACACUCGUUGCCUCUGAUUGGGAGCCACUCAGGCCAACAUAGAAAUACACAUACUAGAUAAACAAAUGAAAUGCACACCCUGGCUCAACAUACAAGUGUCCCCAGAGCCAGGGCGUGACAGUACCCCCCCCUAAAGGCGCGGACCCCGACCGCGCCCACCAAACACCACAGGGGAGGGACCGGGUGGGCACUCCGCUUAGGCGGCGGAUCCGGCUCCGGGCCUGAUCCCCGCUCCCUCUCCAACCCCCCAAAGUACCCCUGGUCCGGUCUGGCCCCGCUGACCGGAGCUGGACUGCACACUGGUGGAGCGGAUUGCUCUAGCUCCGGCGUGAAGCAUCUGACCGGUGCCGGACCAGCCACCGGUGGAACAGGCACGGGCCGUGCCGGACUGACGACGCACACCACUGGCUUGGUGUGGGGAGCAGGAGCGGGCCGUGCCGGGCUGACGAAGCGCACCACUGACUUGGUGCGGGGAGCAGGAACGGGCCGUGCCGGGCUGACGAAGCGCACCACUGACUUGGUGCGGGGAGCAGGAACGGGCCGAGCUGGGCUGACGAAACGCACCACUGACUUGGUGCGGGGAGCAGGAAUGGGCCGGACCGGGCUGACGACGCGCACCACUGACUUGGUGCGGGGAGCAGGAACGGGCCGCGCCGGGCUGACGAAACGCACCACUGACUUGGUGCGGGGAGCAGGAGCGGGCCGGACCGGGCUGACGAAGCGCACCACUGACUUGGUGCGGGGAGCAGGAACGGGCCGAGCUGGGCUGACGAAACGCACCACUGACUUGGUGCGGGGAGCAGGAAUGGGCCGGACCGGGCUGACGACGCGCACCACUGACUUGGUGCGGGGAGCAGGAGCGGGCCGGACCGGGCUGACGAAGCGCACCACUGACUUGGUGCGGGGAGCAGGAACGGGCCGUGCCGGGCUGACGAAGCGCACCACUGACUUGGUGCGAGUGGCAGGAACAGGCUGGACCGUACUGGGAACACACACCACUGGCCCUACGUGGGGAUCAGGAACAGGCCGGACCGGACUGGCAACACACGCCAGUACCUCUCGCCGUGCCUCUACAUCCUCCUUCCCCCUGGUGACCAGUGACUCCCGUAACCUGGCGGCCUCCUGCUGCCCUGUCGUCCACGGCAUUAGCCCCCCCCUAAAAAAUUUAUGGGCUUGUCUCUCCCCCGUGCUCAUGGCCUCCAUCCCUCUUGCCAGACUCUCACUCAUCUCCUCCCAGGUCCAUCCUCUCUCCUCGUCACGCUGCUUGAUCCAGUCGAGGUGGGAUCUUCUGUCACGAUCGUCGGGAACAGAGGACCAAGGCGCAGCGUUGCAGGCAAACAUACUCUUUAAUUAGAGACACGAUCAAAACAACAAACGAUACGUGACAGUUCACCGUCUAACAUAAACAGACUUGAAACAAGAUCCCACAAACACAAAUGGGAAACAGACAGUUUAAAUAUGGCUCCCAAUCAGAGACAACCAACGACAGCUGACACUCGUUGCCUCUGAUUGGGAGCCACUCAGGCCAACAUAGAAAUACACAUACUAGAUAAACAAAUGAAAUGCACACCCUGGCUCAACAUACAAGUGUCCCCAGAGCCAGGGCGUGACAGAGAGAGAGCGCGAGAGAGCGAGAGAGAGAGAGAGAGAGCAGUAAAGUGUUACUGUGCUCUUUCAUUACCUAAAUGGGAGAAGUAAAACAUAAACUGUAAACAACAUGUAUCAUUUGGGACACAUUUAGGGAAGAGUAUACACUGUAAUCUAUGUUUUGCUUUUGUUUACCAGAUUCCUGAUCUUGUCAACAGAAACCAGGCAGCAAAUGGCCAUGCCAGUGCAUACAACACCCUGGGUGGAACUGGUGUCAGGAAACACAGACAUGUUACUAUUGUG